UUCAAUAUGGCUUCAAUAACAAAGUAGUCGGCGAUUUGUUUUGGAAAAAUGUCGACCCUUUCAGUUAUAAAAGUACCAAAGAAAUGAAAUCGGUUUAUUAGAUACUUUUCCGAAAGUUAGUGCUUAAAUUAUUAAAAAAAGUGCAACUUAGGGUAGUACUUACAGCACCAUGUCAUGCCAAGCCCAUCAUUACUUCCCGACAAUUAAAGUGAUUUUGUAUUUACUUCUUUAUCCCUUGGUAUAUGCAAAUCCAGUGGAUGAAUACAUUGAUAAAGACCUAAAUAUAACCAUCGAAGUGCUAAAAUAUGACAACCCUACAAACUUACCCUUAGGUGAGAAUGUUACAAUUAUUUGCAAAACCAAAUGGAUGUCUAGUAAAAUGUUGUGGACUUUUAAUGAUAAGAAUGUUUCUGAUCAGGAGGGAUUUAUAUGUGAAAUGGAAAGUGAAAAUAUAAACAAAGAAACGGGCAAUAAGUUUGAAGUUUCAAUUUUACAUGUUCUAAAUAUUAAUUUUGAUCAUGUAGGCAAAUAUGUUUGUCAUGUAGCUGAUAAAAACGAAAGCGAUAUGGACUUGAAUAUGAUCAUACUUAAUGUUACAAAAGCUGCUAAAAUUAUAGAAAUAUCUGCACCAGUCUACACGACUAUUCAUAAUACUACUUAUUUGACUUGUUUAAUCCAAGGAUACCCCAUAGAAUUAAUCAGCUGGUACAAGGAUGGCAACAAUUUACCUAGUGACAUGUGGAGCAACGUUUUUAUUAAUAAAACUUUGACCAAUUCAACUUUGACUAUUGAAGUAACAAAAAAAGAUAACGGCACUUAUACCUGUGUUGCCGGAACACAAAUUAAUGUAGUUAAUGCCUCUACUGCUAUAUUAGUAUUGGAUAAACCAGAAGUAAAAAUUGAUGUUAUUAAACCUAUAGGUACCAAUAAAAUAUUUUUAAAUUGGACUGUUAAUGAUGGAAACAGCCCUGACAAGCUUAAAUAUUUUGUUCAAUAUAAGUCUGAUAAUGACACCCAAUGGUUGUUUUAUAGAUCAGAUAUAAAUAAUACUAAGAAUAAUUUGACAUUUAAUGUAGAAAAAAGUAAUUCGUUCUAUACAGUUAUUAUAAAGGCCAUGAAUCCUCAGGGUGAAAGUGCUCCUGCUAUUAGUAGUCCUAUUAAAAUGCUGGAUGAGGAGCCUAUAUUCACCCCAGAAGUGACUGUUACUGGAGUGACGUCAAGUAGCAUAACAAUAAAAUGGAGCAUGCCCCCAAACAAAUUCCGCGAUCACAUCCAUUAUUACGAUCUUAUUCUCAAGCCUUACAAUUCAUCUCCUAAACUGCAGGCUAGCCAGCCUGCUGGGGACAGUCUUUAUAUGUUUUCCGACUUAGAUUCAGCUACAACUUACAGUUUUCAAGUAGCGGCAUGUAGCGAUUACAGCCGAGAAUGUGGCCCGUGGUCUGAAAUUGUUAAUGGAACUACUAUGGACGGCAUUUCAGGACCACCAUCAAAUGCCUCUGUCGAAUGUAGAUUUGACAAUAUAAGUCACAAAAAUUUUGUUUAUGUCUCCUGGGGUCCCCCAACUGAGUCUCACGGAAUAAUUCAGUCUUACAACGUGAACUUAGAGGGAAGUGCUGCAUAUAUAAAUGAACAAGGAGUCUUGGAGCACAUUACAUGGGGACCUAAAGUGACGAGCACUAGUGAAAAAACGUUAAAUACGCGAUUUUACAAUGUGUCAGCUAACACUAAUUAUACAGUUAGAAUAUCGGGGGUUACCAGAUUAAGAAAAAAUGGACACGAGGUCACAUUAUCUUGUACUAUGCCACCUACCUUGCCGGAUAAACAAAAAAUAUCCAGAAUACACUGGCAGAAAAUGGAAGAACAGGGCAAGUGGUUGUUUAAGUUGAUAAUGCCAAGAAUAUCUGAACGGAAUGGACCGAUAUGUUGCUACAGAAUCUAUUUAGUUAGAAUGGAGGAUCAACAAAAACUGUCAGAGUUGCCAACCCCUGAAGACCUUACUAUAGUUUCAUACCAAGAAGCACACAGGACUCCAAGAGGAGGAGCUUAUGUUGCAGAAAUGUUUCCAAGCACAACAUUCCACCAAGAAAUAUUUCUUGGUGACGACCAAAUGUUCAACUCCUCAAACACUGAAUGUGAUGAAUGUAUUGGUUUACGACCUUACAACACACCCAGAGUAGAUAAAGACAGAAAAUUAAACAAAAGUAUUUCUAACAGGGUCAGAAGGGAUGAUAUUCUUAGUGAUCCGUUACCACCUUAUGAUGGAAACUUAGAUAUCAAUAGCAAUUAUACUGGUUUUGUCGAAAUUAUUGUGCAUGCUAAUUCGGAUCCUCUGUACAUGGCAGCAUACAGCAGUUAUUUAGAUAUGAUGAAUCCAGGUCCAGAAGUAUUAACAGCUCCACAAGCUGAAACUCUGAGUCUCGUUUUUCAAGUUCUGUGUGGUCUGAUGGUAGUUAUUUUGCUGCUUCUUGGCGUCCUCUGUAUUCUUCAUCAAUAUACUAAACAAGCCCAUGCUCAAGCUGUUGAAAUGAUCACGUUUAGAACAUCAUUGCGAAAUCUGCGCGGCCGUCAAAGACUUGUCUCCCUAAAUCCACCUGAUAUGACUCCUCUGAAUAAAGCAGAUUUAGUCUCAGCAUAUAUAGAGCAUCACAGGGAUUCAGAUUAUGGAUUUCAGCAAGAGUUUGAGUUGCUACCGGAUCGGUUUUCAGAUCGAACGACUAGAGCAUCAGACAGCAAGGAAAAUAUAUAUAAAAAUCGUUAUCCAGAUAUUAAAGCUUAUGAUCAGACGAGAGUGAAGUUGUCACAGAUUGACAGCGUUGCUGGGUCAGAUUACAUCAACGCCAAUUAUGUCAUGGGUUACAAGGAACGAAAAAAAUUCAUUUGUGCUCAGGGCCCAAUGGAUACCUAUGUAAACGAUUUCUGGCGAAUGAUUUGGGAACAACAUCUGGAAAUGAUUCUUAUGUUAACUAAUCUAGAAGAAUACAGCAAAACUAAGUGUGCAAAAUACUGGCCCGACAAAACCGACGGCGACAAGAUAUUUGGAAAAAUCACUGUAACACACAUACAAGAAAUCCGCUAUUCUGACUAUAUUGUACGAGAUUUAAGGGUCUGCAAAAUCGGAAACAGUAAAGAACUUGAAGAACGCCGAAUAAGGCAGUAUCAUUAUCUGGUUUGGAAGGACUUCAUGGCCCCUGAACAUCCAAACGGAAUCAUUAAAUUUAUUAAACGAGUUAACGAAGCCUACUCUAUAGAAAAAGGUUGCAUCUUGGUUCAUUGCAGUGCUGGCGUCGGUCGAACCGGAACCCUGGUAGCGCUGGAUUGUUUGCUUCAGCAAUUAAACGAAGAAGGAGAAGUUUCCAUUUUUAAUACCAUUUGUGAUUUGCGACACCAAAGAAAUUUCCUUGUUCAGUCCUUGAAACAAUACAUUUUUAUCUAUCGCGCCUUGAUGGAAGUAGCACAGUAUGGCGAUACGGAGAUAGCUUUAAACGAACUGAAAACCACUGUUGACAAGAUACGCGAAAUAAACAAAGACAAGAAUAAGUGCAAGCUAGAAGAAGAGUUUGAAAAUAUCGUGAACGCUUUUGAAGAUAGGAAGUCCUGUUCUGUAGCUAGCGGGGAAGAAAACAGGGAUAAAAAUCGUUCUGAGUCUGUCAUACCUUAUGACAGAAAUCGUGUCAUCUUAACUCCUCAGUCAGGAAAAGAACAUUCCACUUACAUAAACGCCUCGUUUAUCGAGGGAUACGAUAAUAGCGAAUCUUUUAUUAUCAGUCAAGACCCUAUGGAACAAACCAUCCUUGAUUUCUGGAGAAUGAUCUCCGAACAGGGGAUCAGCGUCAUCGUGAUGCUUUCUGAACUUGGCGAAAACAAAUGCGCACGCUACUGGCCUGAAGAAGGUACAGAGGCGUGCUACGAUCAUAUUACUGUCAGGUAUGCCCAAGCGGAGACCUGUCCUUAUUAUACGAAAAGGGAGUUCUAUGUAAAAGGAAGAGAUGAAGAGCACAAAGUUACUCACCUUCAGUAUCAUGGUUGGCCUACGGUAGAUGGAGAGGUUCCUGAAGUUACUAGAGGUUUAAUUGAGCUGGUUGAUUAUUCCCAAACUGCUGUUAUUAAAACUGGCUGCUCUCCUUCUAUGGUAGUCCAUUGCAAUUUGGGAGCAGACAGAAGUUCAAUGUUUGUGGGGUUAAGUAUUUUGGUGCAACAGCUAAGAACAGAGGGCAGAGUGGAUGUUUUUACCGUUACUAGAAAGCUCAGGUCCCAACGCCAGGCUCUUAUUAAUUCAUAUGCACAAUAUGAGUUCCUGCAUAGAGCCAUAGUUAAUUAUGCAGAACUUCAUGGCUUGUGUGAAUAGGAAAAAAAAUCAACCAUUUUUUGUGUGCCAUAUGUUCAAAUUGUCAUUCCAGAAUUAAGCCACGCAGUUUGGCUUCAAAGGAUGUCUAGAUAUUUUUAUAUGUGCUCCAGUUUUGUAUAUCAUAUAUCCCUAGUAUUUGUAAUGAGAUUAUUCCAUUUUCAGAAGAUAAAAUAACUAAUAAUGAACAAACUCUACCGCAGAAAACGGGAAUCUGUGCUCAACUUUUUUUAACUGCAUGUCGGAUUACUAAUAUAUUUCAAUCUUCACAUUCAUAUCAAUAUAAAUUUAUGUUAUAGUUGGAGCUUGUAAGUUUUAAAAAAGUAUAGCACGUUUUUAGCUGCUCCACCAGCUGUUUUGUUUUGUGAUAUAUAUAUAUAUAUAUAUGUAACUCUUUUGUCUUCGCGUUUAAUUUGUCGAAUAAUUAACACUGGACUAAAAAUAAAUAUAGUAUUUGUGAAAUAUUUUAUAAUCGUGAAGACAGGCUUCCUUCUUUCUUUUAUGUGAUGAAAUUUAUAUGGUAAUAAUUUGUAUUUUUUGAAUCUCGAAACUCUCGAAUUGUCUCUCAUAUCUAGAAUGAACUGAAAGGAAAAAAUAAGCAAUUUAUAUCAGUUUUGAAACUGAUGGUGUGAGAGG